AUGGGAGCCAAUCAGUCUUACGGCACGGAUUGCAUGGAACCCACUCGAUCCAGCACUUUCAGCGUAACCACAGAAAGCUCCCAAGAUACUCCUUCCUGCACAACCUCCAUCGAAAGCUUUGAGACCGUCGUCAAGCCCACCACAAAGCCCGUCAACAAGAUGGUCAUCUUUGAUCCCAACCAGCCACCUUACGACGAAAAUCCACUCGAUCUGUCUCUCGGACUUCAUUUCUCAAAACUCAACGGUCGGGAGAUUGGAGACUUUGACGAUACAUGGAAAGAGGAUGGUGUAGAGAGAUGGAGCGAAGAAGACCGCGCAGACCCCAACUUCGACGUCCGCGAAACAAUCUGCUACAAGACUCUUGCCGAAAGAGAGUCGAUCAGCAGUUUCAACAAGAUGCAAAAGACCCCGGAAGCUGAGUCUAUCUCGAAAUCGGGAUGGCUUGGACUGUUUUGUCUGCAAGCUCUGCCGCUCUACUCCAAUCCUCAGAGACCGUAUCUUGCCAUAGGUGUGAAGGAACUGGGAAACUGGAUUGGUGUUCAUGAUCAAGUCGUGCAGUUGAGAGAUGCAUGGCUUCCGGGAAUGCCCAUCAGAUACUUCAUCGACAAGCCUGAGGAGGAGCAUGAUAUGUAUAUGAAUUUCCAUGUCUAUAACGACACUGGCUUCUUCGACUGA